AUUGAUGAGAAAACGAACUCAGAGGGGGAUAACAGCAGCAAGGAAACCCCAAUAACUAUAGAUGAAGGUAGCUCUGCUAGUGUAUCGUUCCUGCAACUUUGGAAGUAUGCCACGAAGGGAGAGAUUAUUCUCAAUAUAAUUGGCUUAGUAUGUGCUUCUGGCGCUGGUGCCAUCCAGCCAUCUCUUGCCAUAAUGUUCGGUAACCUCGUUAACGAAAUGAACAACUUUUACAACUUCGUCCCUACAUACAGGGAUGAUCCAACUAAUCAAGCCAACAUCGAUGAAUUUAAUGACAGGAAAAGUACAUUCAAAAGUGGCGUCAAUUACAACUGCCUUAUGUUGUUAGUCAUAGCGAUUUGCAUGUUCGUCGCAACCUAUGGCUAUUUCUACAUCUUUACAUACACAUCUGAACGCAUUUCGAGGAGACUUAGGUUGUUAUACUUGCGAUCAGUUUUGCGCCAAGACAUUGCCUUCUUUGAUAAGAUCGGAGCCGGUGAGAUCGCAACUAGGAUAGAAACAGACAUGAAUUUAAUUCAAAGUGGUAUUUCUGAAAAGGUUGCACUUGCUUGCAUGUUUUUGAGCAGCUUCAUAGUUGCUUUCAUUAUAGCAUUUAGCGUACAAGCCCGCAUUGCGGGUGUUCUUUUCAUAGUCGUUCCAUGCAUCGCCAUUGCGAUGGUCGUAAUUAUCACUUUUAUCACUAAAUUUGAGGAAAAUGCUCUGAAAUCAAUUGGUGAUUCUGGAAAUCUUGCUGAAGAAUCAAUAUCUACUAUUAGAACAGCAAAAGCCUUUGGUUUACAACUAAACUUAUCGUUGCUCUACGAUAACUUUCUCUACAAAGCCCGUAAAGAGGGUUUCAAGAAUGCCUAUAUGACGAGUAUUGGGUUUGCGUCAUUUGAUUUUAUGGCAUAUUCAACAUAUUCUCUGGCUUUCGUUUGGGGUGUAACUUUACUACUGAAAGGCCAGACAGAUAUUGGCUCAAUUAUCAAGGUUGUUGAAGCUAUCAUUGUCGGUGCAUUCGGAUUAGGUCUGGUUGCACCGCAAUUACAAAUCAUCGCAAAAGGUCAAGCGGCUGCUGCAAAAAUCUACGAAACAAUUGAAAGGAUACCACCUAUCGAUAGUGCUAGCGAAGAUGGACUUAAGCCAUCUUCAAUUGAUGGUAAUAUCACCUUCAAGGAUGUCAAUUUUGCAUAUCCUGCAAGACCUGAGGUUCAAGUAAUGAAGAAUUUUUCGACGAAGUUUUCGCAAGGUAAAUUUACAGCACUGGUUGGUGCAUCUGGAAGUGGCAAAAGUACCUCCAUAGGUCUCAUUGAACGUUUCUAUGAUCCAAACUCAGGUUUAAUAGAACUGGACGGUACUAACAUUAGAGAUCUCAAUGUUAAAUGGCUUCGUAGCAAAAUUGGUCUUGUUGGUCAAGAACCAGUUUUGUUUAAUGAUACUGUCAGGGCGAAUGUCGAACAUGGUUUGAUUGGUACCGAGAUGGAACAUUGGCCAGAUGAUCAAAAGCUUGAGCUUGUUAUUAAAGCCUGUAGGACGGCCAACGCUGAUAGCUUCAUCCAAGAUUUACCCGAAAGAUACGAUAAUACAGUCGGUGAACGAGGAAUGCUCUUAUCUGGGGGUCAAAAACAACGUGUUGCGAUCGCGAGAGCCAUUGUAUCCGACCCUCCGAUAUUACUUUUGGAUGAAGCAACUGCCGCUUUAGAUAGUGCUUCCGAGUCUAUUGUCCAAAAGGCACUCGAUCAAGCUUCAAUGAAUCGUACCACAGUUGCUAUUGCUCAUCGUCUGUCGACUAUCAAGAAUGCUGAUCAGAUUAUAGUUAUGGAUCAUGGAGAGAUUUUGGAAGUCGGUGAUCACACUUCACUCACUGCAAAGUCAGAUGGCGCUUAUUCUCAACUUGUUAGCGCACAACAACUCUCUAAUCACAUGCGAGUUGACAAUAUUGACGCAGACACUGAUGAUCAGUCCAUACACGAUAUGGCGAGUGUAAAGGAUAGCGUACGCUCUCCUGGAUCAGAAAUAAUGAAUGUAAUGGAAGACGUGGACGAUUCCAAAAAGUAUUCGUGGGGAUAUCUCCUUAAAUCACUGAUCAAACUCAACCGCAGCUCGUGGCCUUUAUAUAUGUUUGGCUCUAUUGCAGCGAUGAUUUCCGCUGCUGGGUUCCCUUGUUUCGGUAUCGUUUUUGGUUUGAUAAUGCAAGAUCUUAGCUUGAAAUCAGUAGAUGAUGCUGAUUACCAUUCCUAUAUGAGACGUACAACCGACCGUGAUUCCCUAUGGUUUUUCAUCAUUGCUUUAGGAAUUGGUAUUGCCCUUGUUGUUCAAAACUACUGUAUGCAGAAAUCAGGAGAGAAGCUCACUUUCAAUUUAAGACAUGAGUCUUUCAAGAAACUACUACGUUCUGAUGUCGAAUACUUUGAUAAAAAGGAAAACAACACAGGCGUUCUCUGCUCAGGUUUGGCUGAUAAUGCACGUAAAGUACAAGGAUUGGCGGGGCUCUCCUCUGGAAGUGUCAUGCAAUGCCUCUGGACAGUUAUUAUUGGAGUUGCCGUCGCUCUUGGAUAUAGUUGGAAAUUGGGUCUCGUUGGUACCGCAUGUAUUCCACUCACUUUCGCGGCUGGUCUCACAGAACUCAAAGUUGUAACUCUUAAGGACAAGUACAACAGAAAAGCGUACGAAGAGAGUGCAAAUAUGGCAUGUGAGGCGUCAGGAGCUAUUAGAACUGUUGCAGCACUUACUCGAGAAGACAGUGUUCUUGCUUAUUAUGAUAAUCUUCUCUUAAAACCUUACACCACUUCCAUCAAAUCUGGUGUCUGGAGAAGUGCAGCAUAUGCGUUAGGACAAGCGUUGAGUUUUGGUUGUAUUGCAUUAGUGUUUUACGUCGGUGCAUUAUGGCUUAUGGAUCUUUCGAUGGAUUUGCAAUCAUUUUACGUAACCCUUGAGAGCGUAAUUUUCUCUACAAUUUUGGCAUCAAGAGUAUUCACUUAUGUUCCCGACAUUAGCAGCGCAAGAGGUGGUGCCACACGAAUUUUGAAAUUGUUAGAACGCGUUGACAAGAUCGAGGUAGAACAUGACAACAAAGACGGCAAGCACCUUGAGACAAUCGAAGGUCACAUUACAUUUGAGAACGUUCAUUUUAGAUAUCCAACUCGUUCUGAUGUACCAGUAUUGCGUUCACUUGAUUUAGAGAUCAAACCAGGUAGCUACGUCGCAUUAGUUGGUCCAUCUGGUUGCGGUAAAAGCACUACUAUUCAGCUCAUUGAACGAUUCUAUGAUGCUGUUUGCGGUUCAGUCAAGCUUGAUGGUCACGAAGUGAGGGAUCUCAACCUGAACAAUCUCAGAUCACACAUGGCACUAGUUUCCCAAGAACCAACGCUCUACGGUGGUACAAUAAAGUAUAACAUUAUCAUGGGUGCUGUAAAACCACAUGAGGAAAUAUCUCAACAGGAACUGGAGGAUGCAUGUGCAGACGCCAACAUACUCGACUUCAUCAAAGGUCUUCCAGAUGGGUUUGAGACGCAAGUCGGUGGUAAAGGUACACAAUUGUCGGGAGGACAAAAGCAGCGUAUUGCCAUCGCUAGAGCGCUCAUACGAAAACCAAAGAUUCUGCUCCUCGAUGAGGCUACCAGCGCCCUCGAUCAGACGAGCGAGGCUGUCGUUCAAGCUGCAUUAGACAAGGUUGCUUCAGGAAGAACAACUAUUGCAAUUGCCCAUAGACUUUCAACCAUACAAAAGGCAGAUAGGAUAUAUGUCUUCAAAGAUGGUAGAGUCAGUCAAGCUGGCACUCACCAGGAGCUCAUCGAAGAAAAAGGUGGACUUUAUGCUGAACUGGUUGCAUUACAAUCGCUCUCAAAGAACGAUUGAAAUAAACAAUACAUUAUCACUACUCAUAUGUCAUUUAGAAGAUUCCCAUAAUUCAUUUUGUAGCAUCAAAUUCAUUAAGGAUUGGUAUUAUCACAUUACAAAAAUGGUAUGAGUGCGAACUAUCUAUAUUACUAUCCCUAUGUUGCUUAAAUCUUAAUUUCUAAAGUUUGUUGGAAUUUGCAUUGGCUUCAAGAAAUGAUGCAACAGCAUCGAAAUCACCUGCUUCUCCAACCGUUUCAUAGUUUUCUUCACCGGUGCUGCUUUCAUCAUCCCUAGAACUUGGGUUCGAGUUUUCAUCAGCUUUUUUUGUUGCUGACCAUCCAAACAGCAUUUCGUCUAGCCACUGCAUUGUCGUUUGAUUGUUUCCUGUUGUGGAAGGUUCCUUCUGUUGUGAUUCAUGAGACGACAGAACCCGCUUCUUUUCAAAGUGUUCUAUUUGCUUUGGUCCAUAUUCUUCAAUAAUAUCAGUGAGCUCAUUUGAUAAAGCGAUCCUUUUACUUUUUAACUUUUCUAAUUCAUUUUCCUUUCCAGGUAAUAAAGUAAGGAAUAAAGGUGGUAAACUUUUAUAGACGUCCAUACCAACUUCACCAAACUUGAGAGCCGAUAUUCCUAGGAAUGGAAGUACACAUAAUGUCCAAAGUGGUGUCCAAUUAAUCACUUCAUCCGACAACCCAAGCAAUUUACCAUAUUUUCUGGUGAUAAUUGUAGCACUUAUGAUGUAGAAGAGAUAAAUCAUUGGAAGAAGCGUGAGUGACACAAGUACUUUCCAAGUACCAACUACAUCACGAGCCUUGAUUUUUACCGUUGAUGCAGCUAAUGCUUCUUUCGCCUUCUUUUUAGAGAUGCACUUCGCAGUAAAAAACACGGGCAAAUGUAAGAGAGCACCAGGGAGUGCUAAGGUACCCCAAACAAAAAGCAAUUCCAUACGAUAGAACAACAAACCAGCAGCUUUCCAGAAUGAUUUCGUAGCGCUAUCAACCUGAUGAUCUCUAAUACCUAAAUCUUGUAAACGUCUAUUGUAUUUCAACACCUUAUUCCUGAGUUGCUUUAUUUUUGGCUCAUCUUUAUACUCGAGAUAGCCUGAAAUGAACCUUCUAUUGAGUUCUACAACUUGACCAAGGGUCGGAUGUUGACCUGGAGCACUAUAUAACCUUCUACCAGCUUGAAUAACCAUUAAAGUUUCGUAAUCGGGUGCUUGAACUGUCACACUUUUGAGACCAUUGUAUAUAGUGUCCAAAAGCUCGCCACAUGCCUUCCUUUUGCUUAAACCACCUUCGUUGAAGAGAUUUACCAAAUCACGUGAUACUUCUCGAGGGGUACCAAAUUCAAUGACUGCCCUUGAGCGAAAUUUGUGCGCAUGGAAGUAAGACAGACCUACUGGCACGAUUUUUACUUUAAGGUUAGGGUUGUUGGACAUUGCACCGAGAGCCAUGAUUGUAACACCGGCUUUAAGAGGGAGUAAAUCAGUCUUAUCGUGAGAUCCACCUUCAGGAAAGAUACCAAUACAACCACCAUCUUCAAGACGUUUAUAUACGGAGUCAUACAUAUUCUGUUGAUCUAUAUAUGGUAAUACUUUGUAAUUGAUUGCAUGAUCAACGUUUGCGUCACCAGCAGAAAGUAAUACCUUUCGCGAUUGUUCCUUGUUAAAUUCCUUUUGUAAAACUAGUUCAGUAUCACUAAUAACUGUAGCUACUUCAGCAUGCGCACCACCUAGAGAAGAAGAAAGACUGAUUGACAUCUUUGAUUCGAGUUGUGUAGUAAAUUUGGUAUCUAUACCAUAAAUGUGAGUUGAAGGUUGAUCAGAUUUCAUGUAUAUAGUACCAUUUCCAGGCUUAGCAUCGUCAGCAGCUCUCUUAACUGGUAUAGCUUCCAUUGCUUUCGCCAUGUCUCCUACAAAAAUUCUUUUCAUCGACUUUUCUGCAACGAGAAAGCUGAGUUUCCUAUUGGAAGCUCUCAAAACCUCUGAAGAGAGUAGUAAACCAUCUAAGAACUGGUUGUGAUGCGGUCCAGCAACGAAUAUUACUGGUGUAUUGUCCUUUGGGAUGUUGUAGGUACCCCUAGCUUUGACUUCUCGAAAGAAUACGUAAAUAAUUAUUCUCCAUAGCUUGACUGCUAAAUGAUAUGGACUCGAUUGACUUAAAUAUGUUAAGAGUAAAACCAACCCUAGAACUG